CCGCAACGGGUGCUCGAGCCCUCGACGGCCCCCAAUCCUUCGGUGGGGGCAGUGGCCCCUGCUGUGCGCCUUGGCCUGCCAUCCAUUGGCUUGCAUCGCCAGUAUCGUGCUGUCUCCCGUGUGUUGACGGUUUGAAGGAGGCUGAGCAAGGUGCCGUCUUUGCUAUUCUCAUGGCUUGGCUGUCCAGCACAGUGCAUGUCCGAUAUAUCCGGUAUGUCAGGUGUCAUGAUCAGGGCGGGAAAUCCUAUGCUCGGCCGGCUCCUUUUCGCCCCCACAUGGCUCCAUAUAUCUAGAUCGACACAUGGGGAGCUGUCCGAGACAGAAGAGAAAACGAGACGUCCUUUCAUGGACAUCCUGUCUGUAGCAGGGGCGAAUGAUCCCGGAAGCAGCAACACUGGAUCGCCUUCGAGUCCUUCCAUCCUCCCCCCCAGUCCGAAACUCAUCAAUUACCAGCGCCUUCCUGCCUCGAAUGGAAGCUAUGGUGGAGGGAUUAGCCUUCCUCCAGCUAUGAAGCAACUGGUGGAGGAGUCCCCCGAGCAGCAGCUUUUGGAGGUGGAUCCCCUUGCCAGUACUACUCAAACCGAGCCCAUCAUGGCGCCCUUCCGGUACAUGUCGUCGUUGCCUUCCAAAGGCGUCCGAGAUCAGUUGCUGGAAGCCCUGAAUGUAUGGGUCGGGACCCCGCGAGACUUGCUCCCUCAGGUCGGCGCCAUUGUGGCCGAUAUCCAUAAUAUCUCUUUGAUGCUGGACGACGUGGAGGACGGAUCCCCACUGCGCCGCUCGCGGCCCGCCGCACACACGGUAUUCGGCAUUGCACAAACCAUUAAUGCUGCCUCGUAUCAGCUCGUCGACGUGAUCAGCCGUGCAUCAGAGAUGGGGACGGAGUGUCAAUCCAUCAUAAUAGACGCAAUGAAGAAAAUGUUGAUCGGCCAGAGCCUGGACCUACAUUGGGUCCAACACGUCUCCCCACCAACCCUCCAGGAAUAUCUCCAGAUGAUUGACGGAAAAACCGGCGCGUUAUUCUGCAUGAUCGAGCGCUUAAUGACCUCCCUCAGCCAUUCAACCACCACGCAACCCCCUACCCCAAGCCCAAUCUCUUCCUCCCCAGUCUCCAGCCUCAGCAAUCUCCUCAUCCUCUUUGGGCGUUUCUUCCAAGUCCGCGACGACUACGCAAACCUAGUAGAUGAUCAGUACCAAGCGGCUAAAGGCCACUGCGAAGAUCUCGACGAAGGCAAAUGGAGCUUCAUCCUGCUGCACGCGCUGGAAUACGCCACGCCGACCACCCGCUCCCUUCUCAUGAAUCUUCUCAUGCAACGACACGCACUGGGCUGCGCCGGCCGCGGACACAAGCAGCUCAUCCUGCAGAUCCUGCGAGAGGAGACCAAGUCGCUGGCUUACACGGCGAGCGCGCUGGAGACGCUGCGUCAGGCGAUUGAGGGGGAGAUUCGGCGGGUGGAGGUUUUCACCGGGGUGGCCAACCCGUUGCUUAGGGGGAUGGUGGAGCGGUUGCGGGUGAGGAUGUAGGUUUGGGGGGAUCGGUUUGGCGUUUAGGAGAUGGCGUUUUUGUUGUGAGGCGCGCUGAUAAGCCAGUUUUACUUUAGCUGUUAAUUGCCAUGAUUCACAUAUUGCAUGCAUGCAUUCUUAGUUCUGUCUAUAUUAGCCUCGCUGGCUAAAGAGCAAGCACACACACAACCACAGGGCAUGGAAAAUAGGACCGGAUUUCUG